CCCUCUUAGCCCUCUAUUCUCCAAUUCUUCCUUACCAUUCUCUCUUUCUUUCUAUUUCUCCACUUAAGGCUAGCUAGGUUUCUUGGGCUACUGUAACCAUGGAUACCGAAAACAAAUUUAGUCAUGGUGCCAUGGAUGGUGUGGAGAAUAGAAGAGCAAAGGAAGGAAGAGCUUGGAGGAUUAGUUUCUUUCUUCUAAGAGUUAUGGCCUUGGUGCUAACUUUGGCUGCUUGUAUAGUUCUUGGGGUUAAUAAGCAGAGCACAGUUGCCCAAAUUCAGGCUGUGGAUGGCUUGCCACCUUUACGUGUUCCUGUUACUGCUAAGUGGCAUUAUCUCUCUGCCUUUGUGUUCUUUGUGGUAUCAAAUGCCAUAGCUUGCGCAUAUGCAGCAGUGUCUCUACUCCUUUCUUUUAGUAGGAAGAAAAGCUUGGUGCCUAUUACCAUAAUUCUAGACCUAUUGGCGGUGGCCUUGCUAUUUUCCGGCAACGGAGCAGCUUUAGCUGUUGGAGUUUUAGGAUACAAAGGGAAUUCACAUGUGAGGUGGAACAAAGUGUGCAACGUGUUUGGGAGAUUCUGCAACCAAGUAGCAGCUGCUAUUGCCCUCUCCUUGGUUGGUUCAAUAGUUUUUGUGUUGCUGGUUAUGCUUGCUGCUCUUCGCCUUCAUAAGAAAUCUAAAUGAAAUGGAACGGAUUUGGACCCUAUUGGUAACAGAGGUCUUUUGUAAUUUCUAUCCAUGUAUCUGAAGCUGCUUAUUUAAUUUUUUUUAACCUCAAUAAAAUGCAAGUUAAUUACUAGUUCUACAUUUAA